AUGCCUUGCGAAUCAAAAUGCGAAGGCUGCGCCUGCGGUCCGGCCGGCAGCCAAGGAGCGGUCAACAUCGAAGACCUCGACAAGGAAUUAGAGGCCCUCCGGAAGCGAACCCUGGAGCUGGAGAAAGUACGCGCUUCGGCGAAAAAGACAUCUUCGCUUUCCGGUGCACUGGGCGCUGGCCGAAAGCUACGAUCGACCCAAUGGUUCAACUCAGGCGAUGCGGGGAUGACAGCUUUGUAUAUUGAGCGGUACCUUAACUAUGGCGUUACAAGGGAAGAGCUCAUGGCUGGGAAGCCAAUCAUUGGAAUCGCGCAAACUGGCUCGGAUAUCUCUCCAUGCAAUCGGUACCAUUUAGAACUUGCGAAGCGGGUGCGUGAAGGGAUUAGAACCGCUGGCGGUAUCGCAUUUGAAUUCCCCACACACCCGAUCCAGGAGACAUCAAGGCGCCCAACUGCAUGCAUAGACCGAAAUUUAUCAUACCUCGGUCUGGUGGAAAUUCUCCAUGGUUAUCCAAUCGACGGUGUGGUGUUGUUGACUGGUUGUGAUAAGACAACUCCCGCAUGUCUGAUGGCCGCUGCCACAAUGAAUAUUCCGGCCAUCUGCAUGAACGUGGGACCGAUGAUCAAUGGUUAUCUGAAGAACGAGCUAGCAGGAUCAGGUAUGGUAGUCUGGACGGGAAGAGAGAAGCAUGCCGCUGGUGAAAUGAAUGAUGAAGGAUUGGUCGAUUACAUCUCCAGAGGAGCACCGUCAGCAGGGCAUUGCAACACGAUGGGUACAGCGUCGACAAUGAAUGCGCUGGCAGAAGCGCUCGGAAUGGCCCUUCCCGGGUCUGCCGCCAUCCCCGCUCCUUAUCGUGAACGAGCGCAAUGCGCCUAUAAAACAGGCUUGCAGAUCGUUGAAAUGGUGCACUCCGACCGGAAACCAAGCGAUAUUAUGACGCGUGAAGCAUUCGAGAACGUCAUCGCUGCAAACACUGCUAUUGGCGGUAGCACGAAUGCUCCGAUCCAUAUCAACGCUAUUGCGAAGCAUAUUGGUAUUGACAUCACUCUGGAUGACUGGGAUCAAAUUGGAUUCCACAUUCCACUUCUGCUUAAUAUGCAGCCUGCAGGAGAGUUUCUAGGCGAGGAAUACUAUAGAGCUGGAGGGCUCCCGGCUAUCAUGGCAGAGUUGCUGGACGCUGGAAAGUUACAUCCCGACGUCCUCACUUGCAACGGGCAGACUGUAGCCGAGAAUGUGAAAGGAGAACAAACCUGGGACCGACGUGUCAUAAAACCAUACAACGAGCCCAUAAUGAAUGACGCGGGUUUUGUGCAUCUUCGGGGGAGCUUAUUCGACUCAGCCAUCAUGAAAACCUGUGUCAUUUCAGAGCAGUUUCGGCAAAAUUUCCUGGAAAAUCCCCAGGAUCCCAAUGCAUUCGAAGGAGCAGUCGUAGUCUUUGAUGGACCUGAGGAUUAUCAUAGUCGAUUGGAGGACGCCUCCACUCCGAUUGAUGACAAAAGUAUUCUAAUAAUGCGCGGGGCUGGUCCACUGGGAUAUCCCGGGGCGGCAGAAGUUGUGAACAUGCAUCCUCCUGGUCAUUUAUUGCGACAGGGGAUCAAGUCUCUGCCAUGUAUAGGAGAUGGUCGACAGUCGGGAACAUCCGGGUCACCGUCAAUUCUGAACGCUAGCCCCGAGGCAGCGGCCGGGGGUAAUCUUGCACUGCUCCGUGACGGAGAUAGACUCCGUGUUGACCUCACCAAACGGCGAGUGGAUAUUCUCCUUUCGGAAGAGGAACUGGACAAGAGAAGGGGAAGGCUCGAAUCGACUGGCGGCUACAGCUUCCCGGAGAGUCAGACACCGUGGCAGGAGCUCUUCAGGAAGGAGACCAGUCAGUUGAAUGAAGGAAUGGUCCUGCGGGAGGCCGUAAAGUAUCAGCGACUGGCUCAACGCCCUGAAGUGCCCCGCCAUAAUCAUUGA